CUGGAGCUGCAGCAGCAGUACAGCCGCAUCAACAUCCGCUGGGAUGCCUCCGACGAUGAGCUGGACAACGACAACAGCUCGGCGCGGAUCUUCGAGCGCUCCCGCAUCAAAGCCCUGGCAGAUGAACGCGAGGCCGUUCAGAAGAAAACCUUCACCAAGUGGGUGAAUUCACACUUGGCUCGCGUCCCCUGCCGCAUCUCAGAUCUCCUCCGGGACGGGCGGGUGCUCAUCAAGCUGCUGGAGGUGCUGUCAGGAGAGCUUCUGCCCAAGCCCACGAAGGGCCGGAUGCGGAUCCACUGCCUGGAGAACGUGGACAAGGCGCUGCAGUUCCUGAAGGAGCAGCGGGUGCACCUGGAGAACAUGGGCUCCCACGACAUCGUGGAUGGCAACCACCGCCUCGUCCUGGGCCUCAUCUGGACCAUCAUCCUCCGCUUCCAGAUCCAGGACAUCAUCGUGCAGACGCAGGAGGGCCGGGAGACGCGCUCUGCCAGGGACGCACUGCUGCUCUGGUGCCAGAUGAAGACAGCGGGGUAUCCCCAUGUCAACGUCACCAACUUCACCUCGAGCUGGAAGGACGGGCUGGCCUUCAACGCCCUCAUCCACAGGCACAGACCUGAGCUCGUUGACUUCCAAAACCUGACCAAAUCCAACGCCCGGCACAACCUGGAGCACGCGUUCAGCGUGGCGGAGCGGCACCUGGGCAUCACCCCGCUCCUCGACCCUGAAGAUGUGUUCACGGAGAACCCCGAUGAGAAGUCCAUCAUCACUGUGGUGGCCUUCUACCACUACUUCGCCAAGAUGAAGGUGCUGGAGGUGGAGGGCAGGCGUUUGGGCAAGGUCAUCGAGCAUGCCAAGGAGACAGAGAGGAUGAUCGAUGGCUACGGGGGGCUGGCGUCUGACCUGCUGACCUGGAUUGAGCAGACCAUCGCCUCCCUCAACAGCCGCAGCUUCGCCAACUCGCUGGCGGGCGUGCAGCACCAGCUCCAAGCCUUCAGCACCUACCGCACCGUGGAGAAGCCCCCCAAGUUUCAGGAGAAGGGCAACCUGGAGGUGCUGCUCUUCACCAUCCAGUCGCGGAUGCGAGCCAACAACCAGCGCGUCUACACCCCGCAUGAAGGGCGCCUGGUCUCCGACAUCAACCGGGCCUGGGAGCAGCUGGAGAAAGCGGAGCACGAGCGGGAGCUGGCGCUGCGCAACGAGCUCAUCCGGCAGGAGAAGCUGGAGCAGCUGGCGCGGCGCGCCAUGCGGGAGGCCUGGCUGAACGAGAACCAGCGGCUGGUGGCACAGGACAACUUCGGGCAGGACCUGCCGGCGGUGGAG